AUGACGUCACCUGUUAGGCUGUACAGUAAUAGAGUCUGUUCAGCGAGAUCUCCUUCUAAAGGGCCACCCAUACAUUUCAUCUUUUUGCAUGGGUUUCUUUCUCAUGGCAAUUCUUUACUUUCACUUGCACGACGACUGCAACGGGGUUGCACUUUAGAAGAGCAAUGCCGACAGGUGGAGGCCAUCACAGUUGAUUGCAGAAAUCACGGUCUCUCGCCACAUACAUCAAGUCACACACUUGAUGAACUAGUUGCUGAUAUAAAUAUGUGGAUGGAAGAAAAGGGGUAUUUAAUUGCAGAGAACACAGUUCCACCGAACAUAUUGGCUGUAGGACAUAGCAUGGGUUCCUUGGCGUGGACAAAGUUUCUUAUGAAUCAAGAGAAUGACUCUAGACGGGAAGGACGAGUUUUUGUCUCUGGUUUGGUGAGCUUGGACAUGCCUCCACUUACAGGUUCUUUGUUUCCUUCCUCUAUUGAAAAUGAGUUGUCUGAAUAUAUGAACCUUAUGAAAAAAGUUAAUUUAUCGAGUAUUAGAGAUAUGCGUUCUGCCCAAGAGGAGUUUUCAAGAUGUGGUAUAAAGGACCGACGUGUGCGUGACUUCUUUACCACUAAUAUUCGUAUUGUUCGAGCUAAUGGUAAAGUAGAAUCUCCAGCAUUAUGGAAAUGUAAUAUUCCUGUUUUGGAAAAGGCCUUGCAACGUCGCUCUGUCUUCUUGUCUGACACUACUAUCAAAAAUAGUGCGCAUUGUAAGAUUAGAGUUCCUAUUCUCUCUGUUUUGGGAGGGCUUUCUCCAAUAGGAGGAGACACAAAGUACCAUGGAUUGUGGAAUAAGUCUGCAGUUAACGUGAAGGAGUAUGUUCUUCAGAAUGCCGGGCAUAAUCUGUACUAUGAUAAGUUGGAGGAGACGGCACAGCUAAUAGAGGAUUUUGUGAGAGGGUUGGACAUUCAGCAUAAUUUGUGA